AUGGCUCAACAGAUCCAAGCUCUAACAGCAAAUGUACAAGAGCUAAUGAAGCAGAAUGAAGAGUUGAAGCGUCGAGCCCGUCCUGAAGGCAGCAAUGCAUCGUAUCACCGACGUAGCUGUAGCAGACAUAACGAGGAGGCUAGUAGCCCUGAAAACAGUAAGGGAAAAGAUGCAAUUGAAUACACAGGGCAGUCCAUGCAAGACAAUGAUCACAUGAUGAAGAACUUAAGAAGGGAACUUGAUGAACUCAAUAACUCGUUUGUUCGCCAUUUCAUUAGGGGGCAACGUCACAAAAGGCCAACCUCCUACUUGCUCACAGUAAGGCAACAGGAAGGAGAAAGCCUACGGGAGUAUUUGAAACGUUUCAACAAGGUUGUGCUGGAAGGAGAAAGCCUACGGGAGUAUGUGAAAUGUUUCAACAAGGCCGUACUGGAAAUUGACAAGGCUGAUGACCAAGUGAUAAUGACGACCUUUCAGGCUGGACUCAACAACCCCGAUUUUAUCUUUUCAUUGGGAAAGACCCCGCCAACCUCUACGACAGAUCUCCUGUUCAAAACUCAGAAGUACAUGAACGGAGAGGAUGCCUUUAUAGUAAAGGGACCAGCAAGAAAACGGAAGAAGGACGAGUCUAGUGAUUCCCAAGGAAAGAAGAAGGAUUGUAAAGACCUAUAUUCAGAGAAUAAGGCCAACAAAAGUAUUCCUGACACCCCAAAGAAGAAAAUGAACUUCACCCUAUUGGUAAUGCCCGUGGAUAAAAUCUUAAUGCAGAUUAAGGACGAACUAGGCCUGAAAUGGCCCAAGUCGUUGAAAACCUCUUCCAGGAGGCAGGACCUAAAGAAAUUCUAUCAUUUCCACAAGGAUCAUGGCCAUUACACUAACGAAUAUCAUGAUCUGAAAGAGCAAAUAAAAGAAUUGAUUCAAUGGGGAAAGCUCCAAAAGUUCAUCAAGAGGGACCACCAUCCUCAGGCAAGGACUAACGACAAGUCUCAUGAUAAUGCCAAGGAUGAUGGUCAAGAUCAUCCAAAGCAGGCUGUGGGGGAAAUACGAAUGAUAACUGGAGGACCUGUAUCAAGAGGAUCAUACAAGUCUUUGAAGAAGGCUCACCAUAGGCAAAUUAACAAUGUUCACAUCAAGCAUCCAUCCCCAAAGUAUCGACGACCAGAAAGUGACGAUAUCACAUUCUCUGAACGAGAUGCAAAUGGGAUUAAGCAACCCCAUGAUGAUCCACUCAUCAUUGUACUAGAAAUUGAAGGUUUCAACACAAGGAGAGUAUUGGUUGAUAAUGAGAACUCCGUGGAUAUAAUGUACAUGACGACCUACUAG